GCUGUCAGGGUUGAAGCGGCGUUGCAGUGACAGCUUCGGGCUUCUGCUGAGAUCGGUUCUGUGUAUUUACUGUAUUCUUGGCUCAUCCACCAUCAUGUCCAAGCCACUGUCGGACCAUGAGAGAAGGAAACAGAUUUCUGUAAAAGGUCUAGCCGGCGUGGAGAACGUGUCGGACCUGAAGACUAACUUCAACCGGCACUUACACUUCACGCUGGUGAAGGACAGAAACGUGGCGACGAAGCGGGAUUACUACUUCGCCCUGGCGCACACGGUGAGGGACCACCUGGUGGGCAGGUGGAUCCGAACCCAGCAGCACUACUACGAGAAAGACCCUAAACGCGUAUACUACCUUUCACUGGAGUUCUACAUGGGCCGCACUCUGCAGAACACCAUGGUGAACCUGGCUUUGGAGAACGCUUGUGAUGAGGCUGUGUACCAGCUGGGUCUGGACAUGGAGGAGCUUGAGGACAUGGAAGAGGAUGCUGGACUGGGCAAUGGAGGCUUGGGCCGUCUAGCUGCUUGCUUCCUGGACUCUAUGGCUACUCUUGGUAUGGCUGCCUAUGGCUAUGGCAUUCGCUAUGAAUUUGGCAUCUUCAACCAGAAAAUUGAUAAUGGCUGGCAGAUUGAAGAAGCUGAUGAUUGGCUACGCUAUGGCAACCCCUGGGAGAAAGCCCGCCCUGAAUACAUGCGUCCAGUCCACUUCUACGGCAGGACAGAGCAACAUCCAGAUGGAGUCAAAUGGGUAGACACUCAGGUCGUGUUGGCUUUGCCAUAUGACACUCCUGUGCCAGGCUACAGGAACAAUGUUGUGAACACCAUGAGGCUGUGGUCCGCCAAGGCCCCGUGCGAGUUCAACCUAAAAGACUUCAAUGUUGGUGGCUAUAUCCAGGCCGUGCUGGACCGCAACUUGGCCGAGAACAUUUCUCGAGUGCUGUAUCCCAAUGACAAUUUCUUUGAGGGGAAAGAACUGCGUCUGAAGCAGGAGUACUUUGUAGUAGCUGCCACCCUCCAGGACAUCAUCCGCCGCUUUAAGGCCUCCAAAUUUGGCACCAGAGAGAUUGUGCGCACCGACUUCACUGCUCUCCCUGAUAAGGUGGCCAUCCAGCUGAAUGACACUCAUCCUGCUCUUGCAAUCCCUGAGCUGAUGAGGGUGCUGGUGGAUGAGGAGAAGCUGUCAUGGGAGAAUGCCUGGGAUAUUACUGUGAAGACCUGUGCUUAUACUAACCACACAGUCCUGCCUGAGGCUUUGGAGCGCUGGCCUAUUGACCUCUUCCAAACCCUGCUACCUCGCCACCUUGAGAUCAUUUACGAGAUCAACCGCCGCCACCUGGAGCGUGUGUCCUCCCUGUUCCCUGGUGAUGUGGACCGCCUAUGCCGCAUGUCUAUGAUUGAGGAGGGAGGAAUUAAAAGGGUCAAUAUGGCACACCUGUGCAUCGUCGGUGCCCACACAGUCAACGGUGUGGCACAAAUUCACUCAGACAUCCUCAAAGCUACUGUGUUCAAGGACUUUUAUGAGAUGGACCCACACAAGUUCCAGAACAAAACCAAUGGCAUCACCCCUCGUCGCUGGCUGGUCAUGUGCAACCCUGGCCUGGCUGAGGUUAUUGCUGAGAGAAUAGGAGAGGAUUUCAUUCGAGACCUGAGCCAACUGAGGAAGCUACACAACUUUGUUAACGAUGAUGCUUUCAUUCAUGAUAUUGCCAAAGUCAAACAGGAGAACAAGCUAAAGUUUGCCACCCACCUGGAGGAACACUACAAGGUGAAGAUCAAUCCCAAUUCCAUAUUUGACAUCCAGGUCAAGCGAAUCCAUGAGUAUAAGAGACAACUGCUCAACUGUCUGCACAUUAUCACUUUCUAUAACCGCAUCAAGAAGGAUCCCAAGAAGCAGUGGACUCCCAGAACAAUCAUGAUUGGUGGAAAGGCCGCCCCAGGCUACCACACAGCCAAGAUGAUCAUUCGUCUGAUCACAGCCAUCGGUGAGGUGGUCAACAACGACCCGGUGGUGGGCGACCGCCUCAAAGUCAUCUUCCUGGAGAACUACAGAGUCACUCUGGCUGAAAAAGUGAUCCCUGCUGCCGACCUGUCUGAGCAAAUUUCCACCGCCGGCACAGAAGCUUCCGGAACGGGAAACAUGAAGUUCAUGCUGAACGGGGCCCUGACCAUCGGAACCAUGGACGGUGCCAACGUGGAGAUGGCAGAAGAGGCCGGAGAGGACAACCUCUUCAUCUUUGGCAUGAGAAUGGAAGAUGUGGAGGCCAUGGACAGGAAAGGAUAUAAUGCCUCCGAAUACUAUAACUGUAUUCCGGAGUUGAAGCAGGCCAUUGACCAGAUUGCAGGAGGUUUCUUCAGUCCCAAGCAGCCUGACCUCUUCAGUAGCAUUAUCAAUAUGCUCAUGCACCAUGACAGAUUUAAGGUUUUUGCUGACUAUGAGGACUACAUCAAAUGCCAAGAGAAAGUCAGCGCCCUUUACAAGAAACCCAAGGAAUGGACCAAGAAGGUGAUUUACAACAUCGCUGCUUCUGGCAAGUUCUCCAGUGAUCGCACCAUUGCUCAGUAUGCUCGUGAAAUCUGGGGCAUAGAACCCAGUCUGGAGAAGAUAGCGGCUCCCGAUGACCCAAAAUAAAUCACGCAGACCUCCCAAGCCCAACUCCGACUCUGACACAACACCAGCACUGCAUGAGUCUUUAAGAGCAAUCUUUAAAACAGAUUUGUUUCAGAAUGCAUUUAGCUAUGUCUGCCUGUUCAUUUGUUCUCCAUUGUGACAUGGUCAUGCCUUGUUUCCUAUCUAAGUGCUUUCAUACACGUGCACUCACAGGAAUUCUGUCAAUUGUCAAUCUUUAUGUCGUCGGACAAGACGUUUAUCAAUAACUCACAUACUUUAUUCCUUGCAUCAGAGUGAAAAUAAUGACGCAUGGUGAUCAUGCACUUUCUGGUGUCAGUGCAUGCAAUAUGUUUGAAGAUUUCUGGGUUUUUGAGUAGCUAGCCAACUCUUCUAAUGGGAAGUAUGUCUCUCAAGAAAAUGACUAUGACUACUAAAAUCAUUAGUGCUGUAUUCAUGCUUUACUUAGCUUGUCCUUGAUGAUGGAGCUCAAUGCUGACUCUAUAGCAAUGUAUUAGGUACAGUUUAUAAGUAUGAGUGAGUCUAACUGAACCUCUGCUAUUUGUAAUGAAUGUUUUUCACCUGGAAUAUGUUUUCGUAACAGAAGUAAAUCUUUAAACACACUGGCAAGGUCUUGCUAGUUUUGGACUGGCAUCAGGGAGAUCUGUGGUAAGCCUUUAACAAAUAAGUACAGCUUAUUGAGAUAAAUAACCGAUCACCUUUAUCAGUGAUGUUUGCUCUUGCAGCACUACAGCCUUAUUAAUAAAUAAAGGAUAUAAACACA